CAUGGGGGGACACGGGGGACAUGGGGGGACACCCAGCGCGCGGUGCCACCCCCAGCCCUGUCCCCACGCGGUGACCUGUCACACAGCGGUGGGGGGGGGGGGGCGCUGCUGCUGAGCAGCCCCAGCUGAGUGUUAAUGAGCUAAUUACCCCAAUUAACCCCAAUUACCGCGGGCGGGGGCGCUGCCGCCCUAUAAGCGCCGCCUGUGGGGCGGCCCCGCUGUCUGUGGGGUUUCCCUUGGGGCCGACGCUGCUUUGGGCUGUGCCACCCCUCGGCCAUGUCCUUCACCGACAGCACUGACAGCGGCUCCGACCGCCCCGUCUCCGUCCUUUGGGGCUGCGAGCUGAGCGCCGCCCGGAGCUGCUGCACCUUCCGCGCCCCCGAGGAUUGGCGCUGCGAGCAGCAGCUGGUCCUGCGCACGGUGUGCCUGGGGGAGGCGGCCCGGGACGAGUUCCACGUGCUGGAGGUGCUGCCCGAGGACGGCGAGAACCGAACCCCGGUACCGCUGGCCACGCUCAGACCCUCCGUGCUGCCCUCGACCUCGCUGGCCGGAGUGGAGCUGACCCCUCCGGUGACCUUCCGCCUGCGGGCCGGCUCCGGACCCCUGUUCGUCAGCGGCCAGCACGUGUCCCUCAUGGACCUGAGCUCGGAGGAGGAUGAGGAUGAUGAUGAGGAGGAAGAAGCAGCCGAGGAAACCCCCAAGAAACCCCCCAAAGGCUCCGGCGCCCCGAGGGGCGGCGCUGCCAAGAAAAGGAAGCGCGAGAAGGAGGAGGAGCUGAACAGCCUCGCCCCCGAGGGUCCCCCUCCCGCCAAGGUAGGGCCGAGGGGGUCCCGCACCCCCUUUUCCCGAGGGAUGUCGGGGUUCGGGGGGGCGGGAGGGGUCGGGAGGCAGAAUUUGGACCCAAAAUUUGGGGGUGAAGCGCAGAUUUGGGGCUCCCCCAUCACCUUUUCCCAAGGGAUCGGGGUUUGGGGGGACGGCAGAAUUUGGACCCAAAAUUUGGGAGCAAAGCGCAGAUUUGGGGCUCCCCCAUCACCUUUUUCCAAGGGAUUGGGGUUUGGGGUGACAGGAAGGGUCGGGUGGCAGAAUUUGGACCCAAAAUUUGGGGGCGAAGUGCAGAUUUGGGGCUCCCCACACCCCCUUUUCCUGCGGGAUAACGGGAUCGGGGUUUGGGGGCAUGGGAGGGGUCGGGAGGCAGAAUUUGGACCCAAAAUUUGGGGGUGAAGCGCAGAUUUGGGGCUCCCCCAUCACCUUUUCCCAAGGGA